CCGGAGAUGAGCGAGGAGGAGGUGAUUCGAAUGCUACUGUCUGGUGACGGUCGUGUGCGUGGUGCCUGGUGGUGCGACGACUGCGUUGCUCAACUCUCCUCGCCACAGGUCACCAUCAGUCACCUGUUCGCCCUCCUGCGACAAUGGACGCCCUACACGCAACUGCAGUUGGACACCAUCGUUCUGGAGAUGCUGCGAAGGGGUGCACACGUUGACGAUCGGGAUGGGCUCACGGGGAUGACGCUACUACAUUACGCAGCAAAAUCAGGAGCGCUAGGCAACGAGGAGCUGGCCUAUAGUGGCUGCAACCACUGUUCUCGCUUCAGCCGACGCCAUAGUCUAACUUUAGCCCUGUAUCUUUGA